AUGGAGGUUUUUAUUCCUUCGUUCCGCUAUGAGGAGAGCGAAUUGGAAAGGGGCUACACGAAAAGAUUGGCUACAGUAAUUAAAGCAAAGAAAUCGAUCACAAAGCAAACAUAUCAGGAAAUAUAUAAAAGUAAUCUUUUAUUUUCACAGGUCUUUAAGAUAGAGGUACUAAUGAAUGGAAGAAAGCAUUUUGUUGAAAAAAGAUAUAGUGAAUUUCAUGCUCUCCAUAAAAAACUUAAAAAAUUCAUAAGAACUCCAGAAAUCCCUUCAAAGCAUGUGAGGAACUGGGUACCCAAAGUUUUGGAACAGCGUCGGCAGGGAUUAGAAUCUUAUUUACAGGGUAUUGUUUUAGAAAAUGAAGAACCUCCCAAGAUGUUUCUUGAUUUUCUCAACGUUCGUCACUUUCCUUCUCUCCCAAAAGCAGAAAGUUGUGGUUCUUUUGAAGAAACAGAAUCUGAAGAAUCAAGCAAACUGUCCCACCAGCCCGUGUUGCUGUUCCUAAGGGAUCCAUAUGUCUUGCCUACAGCCAAUGAUGACUUUCCAAAUGUAGUUAUUGAAGGCAUUCUCCAUGGAUUGUUUUAUCCCCACCUACAACCCAGGUAGAAAAUGAGUUUGGAUGGAAAAUAAUCAAGAGUAAAUUCAAGUUAUAUUCCUCGAUGCAAGCUUUUGAAGACUUUUUUUAAAAAGUAAAAGUCAAAAUACUGAAGCAAGACACUCAUGUUUGAAGUUGGAACUUUUAAAAAUUGUAUCACUAAAAAUGGCUGCUUUUCAAGAUUACAAAUGGGGAAAAACGCUACUUGGUUGAACUUGUAUACUAAACUCUAAAUACUUAAAUUUUAAAACAGCUGACAAAAUGCCAAAUUACACUAGCAAGUUUCAUCAUGUAUUUAUAAUUUUUGUGUGUCUGUGAUAAAUCAUUACUCUAAUUCUUUUGUCUCCGCGUUGUACCCACUGCUGGCAGUGGAUACAUAAAAUAUAAUAGGAUGUAUGACUAAAAAAUGUAAAUGUUAAAAAAUAACUGCUAAAACUGGAAAUGCAAUAUAAGCUCACUGUAUCAGUAUUUCUGAUGUCAUAUUAUAUAAGUAUUAUUUUAGGGACAGAAAUGUGUAUAUGCUUUCAGUUUGGUUCAGUCUUAAUUUUAUGUCAUAAACUCAGCUGCAAUGCUUUUAUUAGCCUAAGCUUAAUGUCAUUUUCCAAAAUUUUAUUAAUUUUUAACCUUUUGUAAUA